UGCGCACCGCCCGAUCCCUCCGCGAGUGCCACUGCCAGCGCACGGCCGCCGCUUAUCGUCGCAGCGGCAGGCUAUGAGCAGGCUAGUGGCGCCACCACGCCAGCCACCCUCCCAGUCGCUGCACCCGCCGCCGGCUCCCGCGCCCAGCCAACAGCCCGGCGACCUACCCACUCCCGCCACCGGCCCUGCCGGAUCCCCCGGCCCGCCGCAGGCCCCCCGACGUCCACGGUGCCCACGUGUGGCGGCGGGAGAGACACCGACGCGACGCGCCGCAGGCGAAUGCGUCCGCCGCAUCGUGCCCGCUGCUCCCAAGACGGGACCGUAUGGGAAGCGUGCCUCGCGAGCUGCCGCACACUGAGGCCCAGGUUUACCCCCGCGUCCCUGCAAUCUGCGUGGCUCCGUCCGUCCGCCAGAUUUGCAGCACGCUCGCCGCCCGUGCGGUAGCGUGCGCUGUACCUAGUCGCCGCGCCCGGCCAUGUGAGCAGGGCUUCCGAACGACUGCACGACUAUUCUGGCUACGUCUCGGCCGCAGACACACGCAUGUGGCCCACUUGCCUUGCGCAAUUUGUAGGCGGCACCUGCCAAUCCCAUCCCGGCGACCUGCGCGCGUCGUGCGCCCGUCCUCUGCCCUGCCACGCUCAACACUUGAAAUUGCUGUCCAUACUACGUAUCGCGGCGGAGUUGCCACCCCGGACCAGAGCGCCGCCGGAAAACCUCCGUGCUAUUCCACCGACUUCAAGGGCUCCCAGUGGAGUCCCGAGUGUCGACUGAGGGGACGACGACAGUCCAAGUGGACACUCCCGUGCCUAUGUACGUCCGCGCUGAUCACCUGGUCCGCGCUCUGCGCGACGAUGCCGCAUACUGGGAAGCAACUGGGAAGCUCGUACGCGCCUCAAGGGAGAUCUGACGCUUGCGCGCAUCUUCCGACUGUCUGCACGGGCCCUGUGUAGAUACGCUCGUGCUUUCUGUCGUUUCUUAUCUCGCGCAAACCUACGUUGACCCCGGCUCUCGGAGGGUCAGGCCCCUGCUUCUCGGACGAUG